CUCUCUCUUCUUUUUCCGCUUUCCUAAUCUUUCCCCCUUCCUAUUCAUUCAUUUCUUUCUCCCACUGUUUUCUCUCUCCUCUGUUCCUAACUCUUCUCCUUUUUUUUUCUCUCUCUCUCCUCCACCGGCUAACUACCUUUUCCGGUUGCCGGAGAACCGAAAAACAUCUCCGGUGAUAAUUCUCUCUCCGCUUCUCCACCUUUCCCGCCUUUUCUCUUUUUUUUUUUGACAAAAAAGGAAAAAAGAAAGGUUUCGGAUCUUUGCAUAAUUUUGCAUGAAUUCGUUGAGUGUGGUGGUGGUUGAGUAGAAUGUGGGUGACGAAGAAGGCUAUGUUAUCGUAGAAUGUCGAGAUCGUGAUCUAGGGUUUGGUGUAAUUUCGCUUUUCUUCCGAUUUUUUCUUCCUUUUUUUAAUACAAAAUUUUACUUGUUUUCUGGUGGAGAAGACGACGGAGACCAACGGCAAAAAACCGCGGAAUGAGAUGGUGGAAGGGAGGGGUUGUUUGUCGAAAGAGGCUAAAAAUAAUGGUUUAGAGAUUCUGAAGCAGAAAAGGCUUCAGCGAAUCAAGUCAGAAACAGGAGUACAGGGCACCAGUAAUAUGAUUGCCAGAAGUGGAGGAGAUGGUUUGAGAGCUUCAGCAUCAUGUGGCACAAGGAUACAUGGUAGCGCUUUUAGCUCCAGUGCUGCUUCAAAUGGAAAGAAGAGUUUUCCAAAGCGCAAGGUGGAGAAGUUAAGUAUGUCUGACUUAGAUUGGAUUGAUAAAAUCCCAGAGUGUCCUGUAUACUGUCCAACAAAGGUUGAAUUCGAGGAUCCAUUGGUUUAUUUGCAAAGUAUAGCACCUGAAGCAUCCAAAUACGGUAUUUGCAAGAUUGUUUCCCCUAUAAAUGCUUCUGUCCCUGCCGGGGUUGUAUUGAUGAAGGAGAAAGUGGGUUUCAGAUUUACGACUAGGGUACAACCAGUUCGCCUUGCUGAGUGGGACACUGAUGACAAGGUUACCUUUUUCAUGAGUGGAAGAAAUUAUACGUUCCGUGAAUUUGAGAAAUUGGCAAACAAGGAAUUUUCACGCAGAUACUGUAGCACUGGAUGUCUUCCUGCUUCUUACCUGGAAAAAGAAUUUUGGCACGAAAUAGCCUGUGGAAAGACGGAAACUGUUGAGUAUGCAUGUGAUGUUGAUGGAAGUGCCUUUUCCUCUUCCCCAAAUGAUGAACUUGGAAGAAGCAAAUGGAACUUGAAGGAACUCUCUCGGCUCUCCGAAUCUGUUUUGCGGCUUCUGGAAACAUCUAUUCCGGGAGUGACUGAUCCUAUGCUUUACAUAGGAAUGCUUUUCAGUAUGUUUGCCUGGCAUGUUGAAGAUCAUUAUCUGUACAGUAUUAAUUAUCAGCAUUGUGGGGCCGCUAAAACUUGGUACGGGAUACCUGGCAGUGCAGCUUUGCAGUUUGAGAAGGUUGUGCGAGAGCAAGUAUAUAAUAAGGAUAUUUUGUCAACUGAUGGAGAAGAUGGAGCAUUUGAUGUCUUGUUGGGAAAAACAACUUUAUUUCCCCCGAGUAUCUUGUUAGAGCAUGGUGUACCAGUCUACAAGGCUGUGCAAAAGCCGGGAGAAUUUAUAAUCACUUUCCCCAGGGCAUACCAUGCUGGAUUUAGCCAUGGUUUUAACUGUGGUGAAGCUGUUAACUUCGCGAUUGGAGACUGGUUUCCUUUAGGAGCGGCGGCAAGUCGGCGUUAUUCUUUUCUUAAUAGGAUUCCUCUACUACCACAUGAGGAGCUUCUGUGCAAGGAAGCAAUGAAUUUGUAUAGAUAUCCUGAACCUGAAAAUCCAAAUCAUACUACUUACAAUUUGACAUCUCAACUCUCAGUCAAGGCUUCUUUUGUACGACUUAUGAGAUUCCAGCAUCGUGCCCGUUGGUCUUUAAUACGAUCAAACCUCUGCACAGAUGUUUCCAUGGAUGCUUAUGGAACAAUAUUAUGCAGUCAAUGCAAACGCGACUGUUAUAUUGGCUUUGUCAGUUGCGGCUGCUUGUUGCAUUCUGUGUGCCUUCGUCAUGACAUGAGUUCGUUAGUUUUCCCUUGCGGUGGUGGUGGUUGCACACUAGUUAUAAGGAACGAUCUUCCUGAACUGGAAAAUGCAGCAAAGAAGUUUGAGCUGGAUAAGGAAUUAGUGGAAGAGCUCCAACAGCCUAUGGGAAAUGAAGAUUUGCUUUCUCUUUCCACUAUUUUCCCUGUUGAAGAGGAUGAUUAUUUUCCAUUUUGUGAUAUAAAUUUAGAGGUUGGCAACUUGUCAGAAACUCCGCUUUCUUUUGCUGCUUCAACCCUCUGUUCUUUUCGAGAUAAUGAUUUCACUCAUGCAAGCAAUGACUGUUCUAACUCAAAUAUAGUUGAUUGCAAUGACGAUAUAUCUCAUCAGUCAUGCCAGUCUUCUUUAUCAAAUUUGUCGUACAACGAAUUCAUGAGUUCAGAUCAGGGUAAUCAGAAUUUACUGGAAACUAUCCCCGAUGUGGAUCACUGCAGUGAUGAUUCUGAUUCAGAGAUAUUUAGGGUUAAACGUCGAUCUGCUUUGAAGGUAGUGAGAAAAGGUGUUAUUGGCGAGAUCAAGUCAGAUCAUGCUAAACAUCAGGGGCUAAAAAGAUUGAAAAAAUUUCAGCGAGAAGGAAGAUUUGGUGACACAAUUCCUGUUAAUUACAGUGAAUCCAAUAAUAAGAAGGUGGUCGUUAUGAAAGAUAGGCGAUCCAUACCUCCAAUAUCAAUCAAAGUAAAAAGGACUCCUGGAAAGAUAACAACAACAACAACCGAAACGGAAUCACUUCCCUUAGAAAGAGCGCCAAAACGUCUACGAGUUAAAGGUCCUACAUUUCUCGGGUCAGAAAACAGGUUAGAUUAACCCAUAAACCCAUAAAUAACCCCAUAACCAGAUAGAUUACUGGAGGCCCAAAAUUAGUUAGUCAAACCUUUGGUAAUCUCUGAUUAUUCUUUUUCUAACGGGUCAAAAGCUCCUAACUACAUUGAAAAGUAGUACAGAAAUUCGAUUUAUGGAAGCAGUGAAGACUUGAAAUUCGAUUAACCAUGGCUAGUAGAAGACUUGAAAUUCUUUUGUGCAGGCCUCAAAAAUGGGGCAAAUCGCACCAGUUUCGUUGUUAUUAAACGGGUUCUUUUGCUGGAGUGUUUUAAUGUCUUUGGUGGGAGAACCUUUUUUCUGCAUCUGGGAAAAUAUAGAAUGUGGGUUUACUGUAAAUCCUUUUUUUUCACUUUGUUUUUAACCAAUUCUAUUAUUGUGAGGACAAUGAGGUAUUUCCUCAGUCUUCAUGUUUUACUCGGGUAGUUUUUUUUUUCUUUUGUUCUGUCUUUGUUUGUUAACAUGAGUCUGCUGCUUCUAAUUAGGGUUCUUUAAAUUCUUUUUGUAGCUACAGCUGAUUGAAAGUUGUAACCUUCUGACUAUAUUAAUACACAACAUGCAAAGAAAAGCUCUCCUUUUCCCGUUCUC